UGACGUCACAGAGUCAGCUGGCCAAUGUUUACAUCCAGCGCUGCUCUGCGUGAACGUUUAUGAGGAGAAACCGAGACAGAGAAAUAACGGGAGAUAGUUAACCGACUAGACAGCGUUCACAGACCGUAACCAGGGUGUUGUUUUGGGGGUGCCAGACAAUUCGGCUCGGUCGAGUGUGAAGUCGUCGGGGUGUUUCCCGUGACGGGUUUCUCCCCAAAAACACAUCCAUCCCCACAUUUCUUCCGUCUUUGUCUUCAUUUCAGACUACUUUUCGCAGCUAAAAUGGGGGGCGCAGUCAGUGCUGGAGAGGACAAUGAUGAGUUGAUAGACAACCUGAAAGAGGCCCAGUACAUCCGCUCAAAUCUGGUAGAGCAUGCCUUCAGGGCCAUCGAUCGUGCGGACUACUAUCUGGAAGAGUUUCGUGACAGCGCCUACAAGGAUCUGGCCUGGAGACACGGCAACAUCCACCUCUCUGCGCCCUGCAUCUACUCUGAGGUGAUGGAGGCUCUGGAUCUGCAGCCGGGCCUGUCCUUUCUCAACCUGGGCAGCGGCACAGGCUACCUCAGCACCAUGGUGGGACUUAUACUGGGGCCAUUUGGUGUGAAUCAUGGUGUUGAAUUGCAUGAAGAUGUUAUAGAGUAUGCGUAUCAGAAGCUGGACUUCUUCAUCAAGACCAAUGAUAGUUUUGACAGGUUUGAUUUCUGCGAGCCCUCCUUCGUGGUGGGCAACUGUCUGGAGAUUGCGCCAGAAAGCAGACAGUAUGACAGGGUUUACUGUGGCGCAGGAGUCCAGAGGGAACACGAAGACUACAUGAAGAAGCUGCUUAAGAUUGGAGGAAUCCUAGUACUGCCACUGGAAGAAAAGCUUACUAAAAUUACUCGGACAGGAUAUAACACAUGGGAAACGAGAAAGAUAAUCGCUGUAUCCUUCGCACCACUUGUGCUCCCAAAACACAGGGAAAAUGGCAAACCCAGAGCAGUCUCUCUACCUGCCAUGUUCGAGGUGCGGAGUCUUCAAGAUUUGUCCCGCAUCAACAUCCGUCACAUUCUAAAGAAAUACGGAUCCGGAUCCUUGCCACAACCUCGGAGAACUGGUCUAAAGCGAAGAAGUCAUCGCUCUCAGAAACGCGAGCACCGCGACACCCCUCUCCUGACCAACAGUUAUCUGUUCAUGAGCCGCUUGAUUCCAGGACCAAUGGACAACAACAACAACCAGUCCUCCACAGACAAUGAGGAUGAAGAUGAAGACCUCCGGAGGGUCUGUGAACUAGAGGAGAAAGAAGAAAACGAGAGGAGGAAAGAGGGCAGCGUUUUGGUGAUGGACACCCCAGUAAACCUCCUAAGGGAGAGGAUCCUCGGUCUGCCUUUGCCAGAGCCUCUUAAGAUGUAUCUCCUCUACUACAGAGAGAAGUAAACCUCCUUUUCCAAAUCGAUAGCCUA